UGUGAAGAGAAUUGAUUCUUCAUAAAGAUCACAGUUAAGAUCAAGUGAUGCCUAGUGGUCUGCUUAAGCGAUAUGUGAUCAAGAUUUUUCAAGUUGUUUCCUUCCAUUGGGAAGUGCAAUGUUUUUUACGAUAUCUGUGUUAUUAUAUCUCGGGAGUAUUAUACAAUUCACCGAAGGGUCAUCGAAAUCAAGAUGUGCUGUUGUAAUAUUUGUCAACCAGUCCUCAUUUAAAAGUGCGGCAGAUCUCACAGAUUACGUGGAAAACAUUCGGGGCCUUUCCACUGACCGCACUAGCGUAUAUUUCUCUGAACAACCAGAUCUAUUUAAAGUGAGACAUGGACUUUUCAUUCAAGCCCCUGGAUUGUUUGCUUUGGAGUCACAAAAAAAUCCAGGAAAAUAUCUACGAAGGGCAAAUCAUACAAUAGUCUUGGAGGAUGAACAAUCAAAUGAUGAAUUCAAAAACGAUGCGACAUUUUUAAUGGAUCAUGUUGAGAGGAACGAAAGCUACACCACUCUAAAGCUGUUCUCACAUCGCUCUUGGAAACUGUCAGAACCUCCGAAUACUCAGGCUCCACUUUUCUUUCGUGAUCACACGGACAGUACGACUCCAUCGAAAACAUCUGAACUUCUUGUUGUCGCUCAGCCAUGCCCGGAGAACGAUGAUGUAAAACAACCUGUUGUCAAAUCAUCCAAACCCGAACCAAAGAUUAAAUCAACUUCGUUUAAAUCAGGUCCAAGAAUUGGCAACAUUCAUCAAGGUGGUAAUCACGUCACUGAAAUGCCUCCACUUCCAACUGAUGCAGUUUUGAAUGGAAACGAUAAGACAAAGUAUUUGACAGCUAUAACAAAUCAAGGGAAAUGGAAGACCAUUCCUAAUGAAUAUUCCUUUAAUAAUUACGAAGUACCAAGUUUUGUUAUGAAUUCUUUAAUUGAAAACGCCAAAACUGCUAGCGAUGGAGUAGAAACCCCGGGGCCUGGAACGAAUCAAGCUUCAAUAGUAACAAAUAAAUCACCACCACAACAACCAAUUACAGAGCAUAACAACCUUUCACCAACGACCAAGCAGAAAAUAAGUGAACUUUCUAGUUUGAUAAGUGAUCCUGACAUUGAUGACAUUGAAAACAAUUUAAAGGAUCUUCAAUAUGGUAGUAAGGGAUGUAAAUUGUUAGUAGCUGAAGACACGAUGGAAGAAAACGCAGCUUUCAAAGAUUCAGUUGCACAACCCAAGUCUAAGAAAGAGUGUUUGGACGAGUUUCCAGAAGCGUGCCUCGAGAUGGCAAAGAAAGGAUAUUGUUUGGCCUUCAAGUCACUCAUGUCUUCUGUUUGUCGUAAAUCAUGCAACCUUUGUUCCCGGUUGUUAGACACUGGAUUUACGUCGUGUACGAAGACUUGUGGUGGAGGACGUCAAAUGAGAAUGAUCAAAAUAAACCGUCGUGAAUAUUUGCAAACUCGUCGCUGUAAUGCACAUCCCUGUCCUAUAAAUGGAGGCUACAGUGAAUAUGGUCCAUACACUGAGUGUAGUGUUACCUGUGGGGAGGGGGUCAAGUAUCGAAGACGAACAUGCACUCAUCCUAGACCUAAGUUCAAUGGUAAAUCAUGCCGAAGACUGGGGCCUUCGAUUGAAUCUAAACCUUGUAAUGGUCACCCAUGUCCUAAUAAAGAUAGCGACAGAAAGAAACCUAGAAAUAAAGAAAAGACAAAGAAAAUACAUCAUUCUCAUAAACAAAAGGCCGCUCUUCACAUUGAUGGACCUCACUCGAGCGAAGUUCAUCACCAUUCCAUUUUAUUAAAAGGAAAGAAAGUCGCCAACUUGCGCUGUACACCGAAGAGCGGAGAAUUAAAAAGCGUUAUUCAAGAUUCUCCCACAAAACGAUUCACUAUUCAUCAUUUACGAAAUAAUUCUGUCGAUAAAUCAAAGAAAAGCAAUGUCGAAGAAAGUGAAAUUGUAUAUAAUCAUGAAGGCCUUCCUGUUGAUACGGCGAAAACUGUCGUGAAGGCGUUCAAAUCGCCGUACAAGAUCAUUUUAGCACGAAAAGGUCACAAUAAUAUGAAACUAUUGGAGGAAUGUGUUCAAGUUGAAGAUGAAAUGAGGAAAAACGACGAGACAUCGUAUACAGAAGGAAAACAUCAUGGUGGUAAUCUUAUUUAUACAAGACCAAACGAAAAAUCGUAUUCAGAUUUCAAUGAAUACAAAUUUGAGACUGGGAAUAUUGCCACACCAGAAGUAACGGUAUCCCACAAUGACGAAGAUCAUGAUGAUUAUUCAUCUCCAUUAAGUGAGAAGCUUUUUGAUGAACCUAAAGGAUUUGAUGACAUUUUAAGUAAACUAAAUUCAAUCAGCCCAAGAAUCAAUGAUCAAUUGAGUCAGGAACAAAACUUGGAAAAUUCAAUAAAAAUGGAAGCUGCAAGACCUGUUGACGCUAUGGCAUUCACUGGUGAAGAAAAUAACGAUGAAAGGGAAGGGGUUGAUACGAGUUCCAAUAAAGAUAAUUAUGAAUAUGACGUGCAAUCAGUGCCAGAGGCAAAGAGAUGACAAGUCAUAAACGUAGAGUUUUCGAUGCUUCCUUGCUUGAAACG